GAGAUCGUCCGCCUUCUGCUGCAAGCAGGUGCCGACCGAAAUCUUCGUGGGAACCGGGGCUUCACGGCGCUGAUGUGGUCAUCUGCAAGGGGCCACGUGGAGGUCGUGCGCUUGCUGCUGGGAGCAGGUGCUGACACAGAUCUGACGGACCGGACGGGCGCUACAGCUUUGAUUAUGGCAUCCAUUCGUGGCCACGUCGAGAUCGUCAGCUUGCUCUUACAAGCCGGCGCGGAGAAAGACCUGACGGACGAGUCAGGCCUGACAGCUCUGAGCUGGGCAUGUGACUCCUGUGACGACGGAGGUGGGGAGGUGCUGCGCAUUGCGCAAGUGCUCUUGCAAUCCGGGGCUUCUAAGGACGUUUUGGACAAAACUGGCAGGACGGCACUGAUGCUUGCAGCCUCAAGAGGGCACAGGGAGCUGGUUCGUUUACUACUGGUGGCUGGGGCCAGCUUCGAUGUAGAAGACAUGAAGGGGCACACGGCUCUGCAUCAUGCAGCCAAGAAGGGGCAUGCGGAGGUGGUUCGAUUGCUGUUGGCUGCAGGUGCCGACCGAAAUGCAUCGGAGAAGUGUGAGAGCACAGCUCUCAUUGAGGCAUCCACUGGAGGUCACCUGGAGACUGUCCGAUUAUUACUCUUGGAGACUGGUAAGGCUACCGGCUUCGCAGACCAAAGGGGCCGAACUGCUCUCCUUUGGGCAUCCAUCCACGGCUAUGCGGAGGUGGUACGAUUUCUGCUGGAGGCCGGCGCAGAUCAGGAGCUGGCUUACGACGAAGAAGACACGGCUCUGAUUCAGGCAUCUGCAAAUGGCCGACUUGAGAUCGCGCGGCUGCUUUCGGAAGCUGGGGCGUUGAGGACUAUUUCUGCAGCUGCACGUUGA